AUGCUUGCCAUUAUGAGCUUCCUUUGCUACAGCUGCCUUUCAUUCUCGCUGUUCAAGCAAUCCCCAAAGGAGCCUCGCGAAACGCACAAGAGGCUGCAGUUUGGCCUCAACACCGUCAUCUGCUCAGUCUGCUUUGCCAGGGUGCUGCUGCUUGUGGUGCACAUAUUAGACGACAGGAGCCCUGACAUGGACUUGAUUUACAGUGCCUUCACAGACAUCAUGUUCUAUUUCCGAAGUGGGAUCCUUGCCCCUAUGCCGCUGCUCUGCAUCCUCUACUCCUUGCUAACCAAACACAAGAACAACUGCCAAAGCGGGGGCAUGGACUAUCAAAGACACUGCAAAACAGGAGAGUGCCAGAACUUACCAUGGGAGCCAGAAGGUAGCACAAGCAGCGGUGCAAGUGCUAUAUGCAGCAAGGUUCCCAAUUCCAGGGCAAGGAAAGGAGGACGUCACAGAACUCAUGCAACUCUUGCUGUUAGACUAUUCAUGGUCUUCAGUGGAAUACGAGUGACGAUGGGACAGACCGACUCUUUGACAGUGAUGCAAGUACCAUAUGCAUCUCAGCUCCUGUAUAUUGGCCUGGUGGCAGCUGUGGCCAAGUACACAAUGAGAUGGAGGGCUCAAGCAGACCAGACUUCAGUAACGGUUACUGCGUUCAUUUUGUUCAUACUUUCAUUCUCUCAGAUUGGACUGUUGUGGUUCAGCUUGGACAGAAAAGACAAUGACAUGUUGAACGUGAUACACACUACAGGGCCAGCGCCCAUACUGCCCCCCCUUGUUGCCCUGUGGCUGUAUCCUAUUGGGUAUGAAAGAACACGGUCGAAGUACAGGAGGAGAGUAGCACAUUGGGACAGGGACCCUGGCUCAAUGGUUCGUUUGUGCAAGUUGCUGAAUGCAUGGUACAAGUGGGUCAUAUACAUUGCAGCCACGGCAGUCGUCUGGGCGUAUGGGUUGAUUCUGUUUUUGAAAACAGACAACGUCUAUCCAUUGUUUUCGUCAGUAGUGGUGCUGGCACUUUCGAGCGUGGUCGGUGUUAUACCCAUGCUUUCCAGACAUAUUGAGGAGCUGCAGGAUGACUGCAAGGAUAAUUGCCACCCAGAUGUCGUCACCAUACCAAUCAUUGGUUCAUCGCGGAGCACAUCAUUCAUUCUAUUGCAUUUCGAUUGGAAGGCUGAGAGGAUGCGAUUUGAGAGGGUGCAUUCAAUUGUAGACCACAGCGACUGGGGUAGGAAGGAUUAUGCACUUCUGUACGAUGUUGCCGGGGAUGGGCUGAUGUCUAAGUCAGAAUUCACCACUGCAGCGUUUUUCAGGUGUGUCAAGGCGUACUGUAAAAUCGUGAGGCGCGUUGGUGGGUGGCACUAUCUGAGUGAGAAAACUGUCAGAAUGUCUGGACAGAUCAUGGAUGCUCUUGAGGAGUGCCCGUACAUGCACGAGGGGCACCUAAGGCUGUUCCUGUUUAUAAGGGCAGUCAUGACCACGACAUUCCUGGCCGGUGCUUCAAGACACAAAUUGUUGUUCCAUCUGAAGCAGGACAGUGUGGACUCUGUGGCAACUUUCAUCGAGGAUGUGACGAUGGGCAAGGUGAAGAAUGGAUUUGAGAUCAUGUGCAGUGAUGGCAAGCCACUGGGUUCAGAUGAUGCCGAUGCCCUGUUAAGAAAAUUUACAGAUAGAAGUGAUCGUGAUGUGGCAGCCAUGCUGCUGUUGCAAAUGGCAGCAAUAUCUGGGGACAACAGGGUCUACAUCGCGGACACCUUGGCGGAUGGAUCGGAUGUCUAUUUGGACUACAGCUUCAGGACCAAGACAUGGAGUUACACCACGCUGUCUAAGAACAGACUGCUCGAGAAUCCAAAUUGUGCAACAAGCGCAGAUGUUGGUGGCGUGUACGACGUCUUCAAGAAGUCCAGUGCCCAGGGUUUGUCUGGGAAAAGCCACCAGGAAAGGCCGUCCGCGGAUUCGGUCCCCACCACAUUGACUACGUUCAAAAUCUUGAGGCAGCACAUCAUGAAGUAUUUAGUUGGCUACAUGGGACUGUCCACCUUUUUCAUUGCGUUCGGGGAGUCUUUCAACUGA